UGACUUGUCUUCUGUUGGUUGGUUCAGACGCCAUCAGAGGAAUGAGACUGUCUCUUGGUUGCGUUCUCGCAUCUGUCUGCGCCCUGCUGCUCAACUCGAGGUUCUGUCAUGCCAUUCGAUGGCUGGCUCUGGCCAGGACUGGAUCCUCAAUUCCCUUCAAUCAGACGCAGAACUGUAAGCACUUGGAGGGUCUGGUCUCUGCACAACAACAGCUCUGUCGAAGCAACCUGGACCUCAUGCAGAGCAUCGUUCAGGCAGCCCGAGAGGUCCAGAAGACCUGCCGAAAAACCUUCUCCGACAUGAGGUGGAACUGCUCUUCCAUUGAACUGGCUCCUUACUUCCCACCAGACCUGGAGAGGGGUACCAGGGAGUCUGCCUUUGUCCACGCUUUGUCUGCAGCUGCUAUUAGCCACACAAUAGCCAGAGCUUGUACUUCAGGAGACCUCCCUGGCUGCUCCUGUGGGCCUGUCGCUUCCGAGGCUGCGGGUCCUGGUUUCCGAUGGGGUGGGUGCAAUGACAACCUGAACUAUGGAAUCCUGCUGGGAUCCAAGUUUUCCGAUUCUCCGAUGAAAAUGAAAAAAACCAGAUCGCAAGCAAACAAACUGAUGAAUCUACACAACAGUGAGGUUGGACGGCAGGCCCUGAAGGCGUCAGUCGAGAUAAAGUGUAAAUGUCAUGGAGUUUCGGGCUCCUGCUCAGUUAAGACCUGCUGGAAGGGGUUGCAAGAACUCAGCAGCAUUGCCCAGGACCUCAAGCUGAAGUAUCUGUCGGCUACCAGGGUGGUACAUCGACCAGUGGGCACACGGAAACAGCUGGUCCCGAAGGACAUUGACAUCAGACCCAUCCGGGAGAAUGAGCUGGUGUAUCUGCAGAGCUCUCCGGACUUUUGUACGAAGAAUGUGAAACUAGGAUCCAAUGGGACUCAAGAGAGGCAGUGCAACAAGACAUCUAACGGCAGUGACAGCUGUACUCUGAUGUGCUGCGGCCGUGGCUAUAACCCCUACACGGAGAAGGUGGUCGAGCGCUGUCAUUGCAAGUACCACUGGUGUUGCUACGUGACCUGCAAGAAAUGCGAGAGGAUGGUGGAGAGGUACGUCUGCAAGUGAGCCCCUUGGCCCUUCUCCCC